AUGGAAUAUCUCAGCCGGCUCUCGGGCCUCGUCACCACGCCCGCCAAGGCUGCUGCAGGCAUUACCGGCUCGCCGCGCCUGCGCCACAAGCCCUCGCUCCAUCCCGUUGGCAGCGUAGACGUCUUCCACGCAGACUGGCAAGCCGUCCAGGCUGAGCUCGAAACCCCAGACGAGCGUGCGCUCUUCUUUGGCAUCGCCCGCUCCGACCUCCCACGCAGGCUGCAGCGUCUCGUGGAUGCACUCGUGUUCGAGAGCAACCGCAGCAACGACAGCCACACGGGCGCAUGCAUGGAGUACCUCCUCAAGUACGAUGUGCUCACGCAACUCGUGCAUCUCUCCGUCGACGAUCGUCCCAAGGGUGUUCGUGGAGAGACGAUCCGCACGCUCACCAACUUGAUCAUCCUGCUCGAUGAGAGGUUUCUGUCGAGACACGCGGUGAACAAACCCAUCUCGCAGCUCAUCCAGCUGUGUCUCGAUGAGGAGGCAGCGAGGUUCCAGAUGGACGACGACUCGUUUGAAGCGAACAGGCCGACGAGCUCGUCUUCGAGUAACGCGGCUGCGGUGCCAGAGGCUGACUAUGAAGAGGACCUUGUGGAUCUCAUGUGCCACAUCGCAAGCCGCAUCCGCAAUACCCCCGAUCUGCUCCAGAUCUUCUUCAGCGACGAAGCGGUCGACGAUGCAGACGACUCGGGAGAGGCACGCAGUCUCAAGGACGGAUCAAUUAUCGUCAGCCAAAGCAUGCUCGACGAUCCGUCGUCAUCCGGGCAACCAUCGCCGGAUCUGGCGAGCGCGGCAAGUCAAGACUGGCAGGGCAGGCCUGCGUCGCCCACCGGAUCCGUCGACUCUACCGCCACCAUUCAGCCCUCAACUGCACACACAGCACCAAAACACGCCAAGCGACGACUGCGUUUCCCGCUCUUUUCGUAUCUGCUCAAAUUCGUCCACCGUGAGGGCCGGAUUGGCGAGCUCGCGCGAGCAGGCCUGCUCUUUCUCAUCUCGCUCGAGGGCGUAAGUGCGCCUUCUAAGUCGUCGUUGCAGAGCGCCAAGGGCAGACCUGCGACCAAACGCGUCUCGUCCGGGGGCGAUGACAUUCGACGCUCCCUGGCAGCGUUUAUUGCGCAUUCCGACUUCGCCGACGUGCUGGGGGCGGGGUUGGGUGCUGCGUACGGGCUGCUGCCCUCGCGGAUGAAGCCGGCCCCGCGGUAUGACCCGGCCUCGAUCGAGCCGGCCUCUUCGCAGCCUGGGCGGGCGAGCAUCACGCUGGCCAGCAGCUCGGCUUGCGACGCCGACGAGGCGGGCGCGUCCGAGGCGCUGGCUCCGGCAACCCAGAGCGACGAUAAAGAGCUCCAGAUGCAGCUGAGGCUGGUGGUCGACCUCAUCGAGUUCUGCCAGGACGUGCUGGACUCGCUCUGGCUCACCUCGCGAAACCUCACCGACGCGACCUGUGCGGACGAGGUGGGUGAGAAGGAUGCAGUGAGCGAAACGGCGGGUGUGCGGGAACUGGAUCCGAUGAUCCGUAAACUCGCGCGCGCCAUCGCGCUGGCGAUCCGCGACACGUUUAUUCGUAACGUCGUGUAUCCUUCGCUCAUGGAGAGCAGCGACUUUGACGGCAGCUCCGCCGCGGUGCUCAACUAUCUCGAUGUCAUGCUGAUCGUGCUGCGCAGCGGACAUAUCUUGACCGACGUGGCGCUCGACUUUCUGCUGCCCGCCGACGGUGCGUCCGCAGAGGCGGCCUACGAGAUCAACUUACCCGCCGACCCCGCGGAUCGGUACAGCGUCAAGGAUCUCAUCCUCGACUGUCUCGAUGAGCGCAAGCGAGCAGCCACGCGCGUGGCGGCGCUCAAGCUCGCCCGGACCCUGGUGGUGUGUCAUGGUGUGAGGGCGUGCAGUGGGCUGCUGCAGGCGCCGCGCCACCCGGCCUCAGCUGCGAUAGACGAGUGGACGGUAGAAGCGGGUGACAUGGGGGAUCUUGGACGCAUCGAGAUGCACUUUGGCGAGAUGGAUGCGCUCGCGGCGCUGCUCGCGCCGUUUGGCCGCGGCGAGGGCGCCGACUGGCUGCAUGCGUCGCUGGGCAACUACCUGCUCGAUGCCGAGCGCGCACUGCGGCUCGACAGCACGUUUGCGCUCGCGCUCGAGCUCGGGACGGGCAAGCUGCGGCUGCAGGCAACGGACGCGUUGGUGCAGCAGCUGUUUGGCAGCCUCGCCAGGCUCUUUGCGCAGCCGGUCGAGGUGAAUCUCGCAACGACGGGCGUGGUUGUGGCGCUCGCUUGCUCGCCGUUGCGCAGUCUCGAAGGAUGGCUCACCCACGCAUGCGACGCGGCGAACGCAACGCCGGCGCUGGUGGAGUUGCUGGGUGGGUUGGUGCAGCAGGUCGAGGCGUACCGUACGGCAGUGGCUGGGUUUGACGCCUUCCUUGCGGCGCGUAGAAGGAGUCUGGUGCUCACGGACGAUCUCAGCGAGGCGCUGCAGCACGAUGCGUCCGAAGACGACAGCCCAGCAGAGGGCAAGAGUCGUGUAUCCCCGUGCCUGACCUUACCUCGCGUAGUGCAGAGUGGGCGCAAGCUGCAGACGGACACGGCGGCGCGGGUGGCGGAGCGCGAGUUUGGCAUCGUCGAUGACCGGCGGGACUCGCUGCCCGCCCUCUUCCCCGCUCCCGCAGCAAGCACGAGUGCGGCACCGACGGUGGUGGUGGAGGAAGCGGCGGGGAGGAGUGCAAUUGCACGUCUGUUUGGAGGGCGACCUACACGCGCUGCGACGGCGGCUAAGACGGAACCCGAGCGCCCCACUGCGGGAGAGAGGAAGAUCUCGAGCUCGACGAUCAAUCCGUACGCGGAGCACUUUCGUCAGACCGCCGCCGUUGUCGUCAAGACCCAUCCGGCGGCGGGUGCAGAGAUGUGGCGUCCCCCACCGACCACGGGCGAUGCGAACAGCAGCGGCAAGGCGACGCUGUCGAGCGUGCUGGACAACACGAUCGUGCUGGAGGAAUUCAUCAAGGAGCUCAUGGCGAUCGUGCAGGUGCGCAGGAGCUGGGGCAUCGACCUCGUCGCAUUCAAUUGA